ACCAGUAUUGAUUAAUCAGUUUCGUUGUUUGUGAGUGCAUCAAUGGCUUCCUUGAGAACUAUUCUUCCAGUUCUGACUCUCUUGUUUUUGUUCUGUAGCUUCUCUGAAGCCAGAGAUUUUCUGGUUGGAGGCAAGGAAAACUCAUGGGCUAGUCCAUCUUCUGCAGACUCUCUCAUUCAGUGGGCUGGGAAAACUCGAUUCAGAGUUGGCGAUUAUCUCGUCUUCAACUACGAUCCCAACACUGACUCAGUACUGCAAGUGACAAGGGAGGAAUACGAGAACUGCAGCAACUCGAACCCAGUAAAAGAAUACAAGGGCGGAAAAACCAAGGUUGAGUUGGACAGGUCAGGACCAUUCUAUUUCAUCAGUAAAGCUGAGGGGAAGUGUAAGAAGGGCCAGAGGCUGACUGUGAUUGUGCUGUCUCAUGGACACCGGGCCCCAGCGCAUUCUCCACUGCCGGCACCGGAACUAGCUCCGCCAUCACUUCCUUCGGAACUAGCUCCGACCGCACUGGCUCCAGCACCGCUGGGUGGCGGUGCUAAUGGAGUAAGGUGUGGGUUUAUUGGUCUCCUCGUUGGAAUAGUGAGUUUGGUGGGGAUGAUCUUGAAUUGAGGAAAUGGAGAGAAUGGGCAGAUGAGAGGUUUUAGUAUUCUUAAUAAUAUAAUAGGAUUUAGUUUUAUUAUUUUGUGUUUUUUUUUUUCUUUUUUUUUAUUGGGUUUGAAUGAUGUAAGUAGAAGAGUGAUGUGAACUUUGAUCAGUAGUGUUUUGAAGUUACAAUAUGUGAAAGGAGUUUCAGCAGUACCCA